CAUGGACCACCGACUCCAAAGGGCCUUUUCACACGAUGGCUUUCCAAACACUUCAAAUCGGAAACAUUGUAACCAAGAAGAAAACGCGUAAUUAUAUGUCGAUAAAUGAGUGUUGGAUACGACCCUCGUAGCGGCGAACUCAAACAAAGUAGUAACCAAAACAUUGGAGUAAGCAACAUUUUAAUCAAUUAAUGUAACACAAAAUACGUAAAGCAAAUUGGACGGUGUAUUUGUUUAAGCUAUUCAUUUUUCCAUUAAAAAUAUAUAUAGAUAUAGUUUACAGACGCUUAAUUGAAAAUAAAAGCACCCAUUUAAGUGCAGUAAUGAGGCCAAGGAAAAGCAUAAAGCCGAAGUCAGAAUCGGGAACGAAUGGCGAGCAGACAAGGCGGUUCAUUCAAUUCCAUCCUCCUCGGUAAGAGGAAAUUCGCUGUCCGACAAACCACAAAGCCGAGGGGGGUAUUAUAUCCAUUAGUACAGUCCAGAGUCAUGUCGUGUGAGAAGGGCGACGGAGACCCCAUGGAGGAUCCCCUCUUCAUCCUGGAGAGUGGCGAGGUGUACAGGAACCCCACAGAGGUCAAGAUGAGCCAGAUCGUGAUGCCCUGCCACGCCAACCACUGUGGAGAGCUCAGCGUAGGACAGCUGCUCAAGUGGAUGGACUCCACAGCCUGCCUGUCUGCUGAAAGACACGCUGGGUCUCCCUGUAUUACUGCCUCUGUUGACGACAUCCACUUUGAGCACACUAUAGGAGUCGGACAGGUUGUUAACAUCAAGGCAAAAGUGAACAGAGCCUUCACAUCCAGCAUGGAGGUGGGCAUCACGGUAAGCUGCGAGGAUCUGUUCAGUAGCUGCCAGUGGAACGUGUGCAAUGCCUUUGCCACCUUUGUGGCGCGACGCACCGAGGAGGGGAAGGUGCAGCUGAAGCAGGUGAUUCCGCGGACGCAGACCGAGCAGAUGGAGUACAGCAUCGCUGCAGAGAGGAGGAGGAUGAGACUGACUCAUGCUGAGAUCAUCACAGACCUACUGAGCAGCAACACAGCUCAACUAGGAGAGUGUCAGGAAUACCAGGGUGCCGUGUCAGCAGAGCGAACACGGGUGGAGAGCGUGGAGCUGGUGCUGCCUCCCCAUGCCAACCACCAAGUCAGCACCUUCGGGGGUCAGAUCAUGGCCUGGAUGGAGAAUGUGGCCACCAUUGCAGCAAGUCGUCUGUGUAACGCUCACCCCACUCUGAGGACCAUAGACAUGUUCCACUUCCGGGGCCCGUCUCACAUCGGUGACCGGCUGGUGCUAAAGGCCAUUGUUAACAAUGCCUUCAAACACAGUAUGGAGGUGGGUGUAUGUGCAGAGGCCUACCAGGGUGCGGGUGCGUUGCGGCACAUCAACAGCGCCUUCAUGACCUUCGAGGUGCUGGACAAAGACAGGAAGCCACGUACAUUACCCCGGAUACGACCCGAACCUGUGGAUGGGAAGAGACGCUAUCAGGAGGCUGUUGCUAGGAAGAAGAUCCGUCUGGAUAGAAAGUACAUCAUCUCCUGCAAGCAAACGGAGGUUCCUCUGUCUGUGCCCUGGGACAUCAGCAACCAGAUGUAUCUCAGCUACAACAAUGUGUCUGCACUGAAAAUAAUGGCUGCUCGAAGCAACUGGAUGUUAAGCUCUGAAAAAAAUAAGGUCAGUCUGUACACGCUGGAGGAGAACCAGAUACUGUGUUUUAAGGUGGAGACUCAUGUCACUGUCCCUGCUGAACAGGCGUUCCAUCUGCUCUCAGACCUGCGCAGGAGACAUGAGUGGGACAGGCAUUACCAACAAUGUGAUGUGAUCAUCCAGGCAGAUGAGGAUGACACUAUCUACCGCGUGGCCACUCCGUGUGUCAGUAAGGGGGGGAAGGGCCAGGACUUCAUCCUCCUGGCCUCCAGGAGGAAGCCCUGUGACUCCAGGGAUCCGUACCUGAUUGCCCUGCGCUCUGUCACCCUGCCGACCCACCCUGCUACUGAGGACUACACCCGGGGGGAGGUGCUCUGUGCCGGCUUCAGUAUCUGGGAGGAGUCCAACGCUGUCACCAAGAUCUCCUACUACAACCAAGCUACGCCAGGAGUCCUCCCUUACAUCUCAAACGACAUCGCAGGCCUUUCCUCCAGCUUCUACAGCACCUUCCACUCCUGCAACAAGUACCUGGAGGAGAACAGAGACAGCCUGACUGUCCUGCCCCCCUCUGACCGGUGACUGAAUGGUUUCAUCAUGCUGGCCCAGCACCUCCUACCCUAUCCACCCCUCUCCUCCUUAGAUCUGAGAUACAGAUCUGGGAUACCCCCCUCUUGACUUCAACUGCCAAGGAAAUCAGAGUUUAUGCACUUUUUAAAAUGUGGGAUUAGACUUUUUGUUACUACUGUUACUGUCUUUGAUGUGAUAUUCCAGUGUACAUUUUCUACACUACAGGUUACUUAUUGCAGUUGGGCUCUGUAUUAAAUGUUAGAUCUUAUCUGGGCAUUAAAACAGUUAGUAGCCCUAUGAACAUGAGAAGUAUACAAAUUGGCUUGUUAUGCUGCAGUUAAAGUGCUGCGCCACUCGGGAGCCUAAGGCACUGCAUCUCAGUGCAAGAGGCAUCACUACAGUCCCUGGUUCGAAUCCAGGAUGUUUCACAUCCGGCUUUGAUUGGGAGUCCCAUAGGGCGGCGCAUAAUUGGCCCAGCAUCGUCCGGGUUUGGCUAGGGUAGGUAAACAUUGUAAACACGAAUUUGUUCCUAACUGACUUGCCUAGUUAAAUACUCUUAGACUGCCAGAACUUAGCCUGGUUCCAGUUUGACAUGACCAUGGAAAUGACUUGGCUAUACAGCACAAACAUAUCUGGGACCAGGCUAUUUAGACCUAAUCUUUUUUAAAUGUGCAAUACUACGCUCUGUAUUAAAUGUUAGAUCUUAUCUGGGCAUUAAAACAGUUAGUAGCCCUAUGAACAUGAGACAUGCAAAUUGGUUUGUUAUGCUGCAGUUGAGUCUGACAUGUUCUGCCUCGUCUCUAGCCACUGAACUGUGGAUUUAAAAAAAAGCAGACUAGUUCAUGCCUGAGCAUUUAGAUGCAGCUUGUUUUAAAAUACUGGUAGGAUAUUUCCUACCUCAUUGAAUCAUGUUUAAUCAGCCUUUCAAAUCUGUAGUCAAGAUGUACAUGAACUGUAAUUUUGUUUUGAGAGACUAAUCUCAGAGAUAAAUGGUUAGCUUUUUAAAAAGAAUAAACAGAUGUGGACAAUGGCCAAGUAUUUCAACAUGAGUAGACGCCAUGAGGUGAAUGAAUUGCUGUGAUUUCACUCAAACAAUAAACACUAUAGACCUUG